UCGUGCCUUUACUUACUCGAGUAGAGUAGGACAAUCAGGCCCGGUUUCACAGACAAGGCUUAAGGCUAGAAAUAUCUUUAAAAAUACCAGUGCCAUUGUUUUGUCUCGAGAUGCACACCAGUAAUGCAAGUUAUUCUUCUAAGGCAUUUUCAUAAAAGCUACAUACAUAUCUUAAUUAAACUAAGGCAUAGUCCUGGUUUAGGCUAAGCUGUCUCUGUGAAACCGGGCCUCAAAUUUUUAAGAGACCGAAGCAUUACACGCGGCACUGUAAAGCCAGUUUAAACGUAGCCGUCACUGGCUGUUGUAAAUUUCAAUCAUCGAUGGGAAUGAGCGGUCAUAAAGGGGGCGGUGCUGGAGAGUCGGGUAGGUUGAUAUGGGGCGGAGUAAUCAAGGCGGCGCCACCUUAAAAAAACAGUCGCGCCGAUAUGUCAAUCCAGACGCGACCCAGACAGACCUCGGCCUGGGGGCCCAGCCGUGAGAGCUGCACCCUGAUUGGCUGAGUUUCGCAGUUCUUCUGAGACUCGAGUCCCUAUUGGUUGGAACCUGGCGAGACGCUCACGCGCACAAUGUCUACCUGCUUUUGUUAUUAUACCGAGAUCGAGGAGUGAGGCUUCGGGUGAGCGGGCAGGAUGCGCGGACGGAGACAGCGAGCCUGAUAGUCCCGUAUCGACUCCGAUAGUCUCACAUUAGAGGUUGGAGGGGGAAGGGGACACACAUUUCAACCUUUUCGUCCUUGUCCAAAAAACAGACGUCUGAAUUCUCUUAACAAUCCGACUGAUGUAGCAUCAGGAUGUCGGUGAACCCUCCCAACAGUAAUGAUGCUUGCCUCAGCAUCGUACACAGCCUCAUGUGCCACAGACAAGGUGGCGAAAAUGAGGGCUUUGCCAAACGCGCUAUAGAGAGCCUUGUGAAGAAACUGAAGGAGAAGAAGGAUGAGCUGGACUCCCUCAUCACUGCAAUCACCACCAAUGGAGUCCAUCCCAGCAAAUGUGUGACCAUCCAGAGGACGCUGGAUGGACGCCUACAGGUUGCAGGCCGUAAGGGUUUUCCUCACGUAAUCUAUGCACGGUUGUGGCGCUGGCCAGACCUGCACAAGAAUGAGCUGAAACAUGUGAAAUUCUGCCAGUACGCAUUUGACCUCAAAUAUGAUAAUGUCUGUGUCAACCCUUACCAUUAUGAACGAGUAGUGUCCCCCGGUAUUGUUGGUCUUAGUCUUCAAAACACAGGUCCUUCUGGCAGACUGAUAAAAGAAGAGUACAACCAUGACUGCAUUCAGAUGGAUGUUCUCCCAGGUCUUCCUCCCCAGCAGGACCACCAGGGGGCGAUGAAGAUCCCUCCUCCAGAUCACUACGGCCAGCCACUUCCUCCUCUCCAACUGCCCCCAGAACCCACACGUGCCCCCCCACCAGUUACUCUUUACUCCAAUAUUCCCCUCUCCCCUACUGCUUCAAGCUCUAUGAUGGCAAUGCAGGGAGGUCAUGGUGAAGGCCUGUUACAGAUUGCAUCUCCUCAGGGUCAGGUCAUGACCCCCACACCUCCACCCUCCACCCCCACACACGGACCCCCACAGACCCCGGUCUCACCUCAGCCUCCACCCAACCAGAAUGGCUAUAAUAGCUCCAAACACUCUCAAACACAGGGUUCCUUUCACACAACCUGGACAGGCAGCAGCACAGCCUCCUACACUCCUGUUGGACCCCAGCAAAAUGGGCGUGGUCAUCAGCCGCCUCUACAUCACCCCCAUUUCUGGUCUCAGCAUCACAGCUCAGCAUCUUUCCCCCCUCCAGUGUCCAACCAUCCAGGUCCUGAAUUUUGGUGUUCCAUAUCAUACUUUGAGAUGGAUGUCCAGGUGGGGGAGAUGUUUAAAGUCCUUUCCAGCUGUCCAGUGGUGACGAUUGAUGGGUAUGUGGACCCAUCAGGAGGAGACCGCUUCUGCCUGGGUCAGCUUAGUAAUGUACACCGCACAGACGCCAGUGAACGAGCCAGACUGCAUAUAGGUAAAGGUGUGCAGCUGGAGUGUCGUGGAGAGGGUGACGUGUGGAUGCGCUGCAUGAGUGAUCACGCCGUCUUCGUGCAGAGCUACUAUCUGGACAGAGAGGCGGGUAGAGCACCUGGAGACGCCGUGCACAAAAUCUACCCAGGGGCCUACAUUAAGGUGUUUGACCUUAGGCAGUGCCACAGGCAGAUGCAACAGCAGGCAGCCACGGCACAGGCAGCAGCAGCCGCUCAGGCCGCAGCGGUGGCAGGAAAUAUUCCAGGACCAGGAAGUGUUGGUGGAAUCGCCCCUGCAGUCAGCCUCUCAGCAGCUGCAGGGAUCGGUGUGGAUGAUCUCAGGAGGCUGUGUAUCCUGCGGCUAAGCUUUGUGAAGGGCUGGGGGCCAGAUUACCCUCGGCAAAGUAUAAAACACACCCCCUGCUGGGUGGAGGUCCAUUUGCACCGUGCACUGCAACUGCUGGACGAAGUGCUGCACACUAUGCCACUAGCAGACCCUGGACCAGCUAUCUGAUAGCAGUGAGAAGGAACAGUACACACCUCCGCAAACACUCAACAAAGAUACUGUACUCACUACUGUAGGCAUGCAUAUGUUGACCCUGGGACAACAUUUUUGUGAAAAAAGCCUUUACCCACCACAAACCCUAAAUUAUCCCUCAAGUCAGUAAUAAUGGUGUACAAGCCCCUAACCCUGUUUGUAAGCUUAAACUUCACAUGAACUUUAAACUUAUCCCUCAAAUCUGAUGUUGCCCCAGGGUCAACUUGAUGUUGACCCAAGGACAUCUCUCACUUGGUAAAAUCAGGAAAGCCCAUGUGCUAACUUCAGUAUAAUUAGGUUUGCACUUUUAUCAGUCAUUAGAAUCAUACCACAACAAAUUCAAUAUACCACACCAAAUUCAAUAAGAUUAAUGUCUUCAAAAAAUAUUUCUUCGCUUCUUGUUAGUAUAUAGUGAUAUGCUUUUCAGUUUUGGUGAAUCUCAUAAACAAUGUCCAGGGCUGGGUUUCCAGAAACCUUCUUAACGCUAUGUCAUUCUUAAGUUAUACCUGAAAAGUGGUAGCGAUAUAUUCUUAAGAACAAGGUUUCGGGAAACCCAGCCAAGCUAGGGUCACAUAAGACCCUAAAAAAAAUAAGAUACUAGAUUUUGCUUUAAAAAUAAGCCUAUUUUUAUAACCUUUUUAUGACACAAAUAUCUUCAAAUUCUCUUUACUGUAAUAUGUCCAUGCAUUACUUUUGUUUGUUUUAUAAUUCUAUUUGAUAUUUUUUCCAGAAAAUAAAUUACUUUGAUACAAUGUUUUAAUAUAAGUCAGCAUAAUUUUAAUACAACAAAUACUAACAUGAUGUUUUUUCACAUUAGCAAUAGGAAUACGUUUUUUUUACAUUACAAUCAUGAUGUUUGGGGGAAUUUGUCUGUGGUGCACAUUGUCACAAUGCAAUCGUAAAACAGCAGUAAAACAAUAUAGAAUAGACUAAUCUAAUUAAAUUAAACUAAUCUAUCUUAAAUAUACUUUGAUUGAUUAUGGGGUUAAAUAUGACCUGUACAUGUCCUUGACAUUUUUAUGGGAUUCACCAUCUUACAUUAGAUGUAGAUACUGUAUAUGUUAGUGCUACAGUCUAAUAACUAAUGCAAGUUUACACAGGGUUAAUUGAGAAUUAUGUUCAGGGAAAUAGCUUUAUUGUUCAUAUGCCUUUCUAGCUUUACACAUCAUGCAGUUAUAAUAUGAAUAUCAGAGCCUAAUUGUUUUGCAAUACUUGUAGAAAAUGCUUAUAAAAUUAUUUUAUAGGGUCAGUAUCUGAUCAUAUAAUAAAGUGCAACAAUGACCGCUCACUUUUUCUGAGAUGUGGUUUCUGGAAGUAUUUGUCCUUUCUUCAAAGACUUUUAGGCUUUUAACAAAAAAUAAAAAAUUGGUCUAAAAUGAUUUAAGUAAAAGAUUGCAUGCUUAACAUCUCUUAGCAGGCAUGUAUUCCCUAAAUAUAGCAAGUAAUUUCAGAGAACAAUACAAUCUAAAACUAUUGACUAUGUUCUACAUAAUCUUGUUUUAGAAGACAAUAAAUGGGAUUUUUACUUCCAGAACCCUUCUGUUGAGCUUUCCCACACUCUGGUAUAACACACACACACACACACACACACAGGCUAUCAAAGACAGAAAAAAAUAUGAACAUAUUUAGAAAUCUGUGGCUUUUGUGGCAUCCAAAUGCCUCAGAGCAUCUAUGUCUGCACCGAUCACUUCAAGAAGUGUUCAAAAGACCGUCAACAUUAAAUGACAGUGAUGAAAUCCUGCCUCAGAGAGAGACGGAAGUGAACCAUGUCCUAAAGCAGAUGAAAACAAACUUUAAAUCAUUAUCAUCUCUGUGCUUGUGUUGUGCUUCUCUACAUGUGGACCUAACUUGGCUAUUUCUGCCUGUUGCAAAUGCGGCUUACUACUCAAGCUUAUUAUUCAUACUUACAAUAGCCUUCCAGCUCUUUUAUUUUCAUAUAAAAAAAGCAAAAGCAAAACAAAAGCUUGAGUUGUUCAGCUUUAAAAUGGUGGUAUUAGUACUUGUGAUGACGCAGUUUGGUGUUUGUAACCAAAAUCAUUUGCCAUGUGGUGUAACUCACCAAAGCCAGAAUACCUCAUGAUAAUGUAAUAUGAACGCGGUAGAUUUUUCUUUAUGCUAAAAGGCGUUUGAAAUGUAUUUUCCGGACCUCAUGUUCACCUCAUACUUUAACCAAAACCAAAAGGAGGCAUGUCUUGAAGAGGACCAAUUGUAGAGUCUUACUGCACCAAUUAACAAAUUUCAACCUAUGUUUUUUGCCAACACCAGUUAAUCAGCUUCAGCAUUUACUGUUAUCUUGCCCAGCAAAUUAUGUUUUAUAAUAUAUAGCAGUAUAUUAUAUAGCAACAUUUUUCCAACUGUUGUGACAAGCUGGGAAUCAAUCAGGCAGUCCCAUAUACUAAAAUAUUUGCAAACGGGUAGAUCUAAACUUCAAACAAUAUAAUUUGCUACCUUCCCAUGUUAAAACGUGCACACUUAUGCAUUUGUUGAAAGACCCUUGAUGUUAGUUCAUAUUAAUAUGUUCAUCCAAAACAAAUGCAAAUAUUUAGUAACUGAAACCAUGGGUCUGUUUAAUAGUUAAAGUGAACCUCAGUUUGAAGUCAUCAAAAUAAAAAUUGAAAGACAUUUUGGUGUUAUUCUGCACAAUUCAUCAGCUCAUAUUAUUCCAAAGAAAUUAGUGUUUGUCUCUGUAAUGUUUCAUCUAAAUGGAAUAACUUGCUCUGUUUGCUUCUGAAAUAACUUUUCUCAGAUUAUGUCAUCUAGGACACGCAACCUAUUGAAAAAUGAAGGCCAAAACCCCUAUAACCUUUUAGAUUGUUCAGGCAAUAUUUAACACUUUAAUAACAGUUAAUGUAAUUAGGGUGACAACAAUACUAACAAAAUCAAUACCUUCAGGCAUCACUUCUUGCUGAAAAAGAUAAAUGCUUUAGCUUUAUAGAAUUGUGGGUUGGAAGUGACUUUCUCCACAAUCUACUGCAAUGUAUUUAGGUCUGUUAGACAAUUCAGACAAAUUUUACAUUGCUUAAGAAAAAUGGGUUGUGCAUGCCCUUUCAUGUUGACUUCAAUUACACGUACUGUAUAUCCUUACUGCUUUAGCUGUACUAGCUGUUUAAUAGAGGGUUUAAACAAUGUUUUGCAUUUCUUUGGUACCACAGUAAAUGUCUUUGUGCCCUUGUUUAUAGAAAAAGGCUUUCCCACUUAUUUUAAUGAUGAUGUAAACAUUCUGUUGGUCUGAAACAUGUGACUACAUUUUAAAGCAAUGAAGCAUGGCAGGGAAUUCUUAGUCCUCUUCGAUUCAUAGAGUGUUUUGGGGUUUUGUUGGCUAAUGCAAGUGAUGCAAACUCUUCAUCUGCAGGGUAUAGUUCACGAUGGCUCAGGUCAUGUUGAAAAUGAUGAGGCUUUCUGUAAAUGUAACGCCUUUUUUACGUCGAUUGCUUUAAAAACAUGUCAGGUACACUCAUUGUUUUGAUGAGUGCCUUUGUGCUGUAUUUCAUCAGAAAUGUGACACCUUCAAUCUGCAAUUUAAAUAGAAAUUACAAUGAAAUUCUUUAAUACAUGCUUUAAUACAGAUUUUAAAGGCACUAAACUCCUCUGUUUAAUCAACGAUGAGUUUUUUAAACCAGAAUACUAUCUUGAGGUCAUUUUGGGUGAGAAAAACAUUACACGUUUAAUACACUAUGAUGGUGUAACAACAGGAAUUUGUUGUAAUUUAUGCUGUAAAACAUUCAUUGUAUUAUAGAUAUAAACAGGUAAUUAAAUGUGAAUAGUAACUUUACUGCAUAAUUUGCUUAGAUUCACAGGUAUGGUAUUAAAAUGUUUUGUUGGUAUAAACCAUUUGCCAAUGAUGUUACAUGAUCUUUCAAGUUUAUGCUGAAAAAUGUUUUAAUGUUGCAACCCCAAAUGUCAUUGUGACAUAGAAACACUUAUUGUUACAAUAUUAGAGUAACUUAACUGUACUUAACCCUCAUUGCCUACUAUGUUCUGCACUGUAAUUUACCUUUUCUUUUAAAGGAUAAAAGGAUGGCUUUUUCCAAAACACAUCAUUAACGCUUUAAUAUACAAAACUUGUGUGUUUUCACUGGUGGGGCAUACUGUUGUUGUGUAAACAUGAUGAAAACAAUAACAUGACAAUCACCCAGCUGGAAAAUAAAUUAACAGGAUUCCAUGUAUUAGGCCUAUUUCUUACAUGUAUUUAUCGAUAUGUUAUCCAGUGUGAAGACAUUUGAAUUGACUAUUUUAUUGAUAUUGUCAUUUCAAUUCUUGUUGUUAUAAUUAUUGUUAAAGAACAUUCUGCUCCUGUAUGUUGACUGUACACCAAAGUAAAAAAAAACAUUUUGA